AUAUAGCAAGACCGUGUUGUAUAUAUUUGCAAAGUUUGUGUAUACGCAAAUUGCAGCAAAUACCUGUCAACAUUUGUGCAACAGUGUGUUCAAAGCUUUGGUGUGUUAACACAGAUGCAACUUUGAGACGGAAAUUUGCGUUUAAAGUCGUCCUAAGUAACCAGGUGGACAUCAAGUUUUAUGGUCUAGUUUUAAAUGCUGAAUCGCCAAUCUCAUAUUUACUUGAGUUAUAAUGGAUAAGGAAGAGGAAGAAGAUGAUGAGGUUGUGGAAGAGAUUGAUGUCUUCCUCUCUAAAGGAUUAAAUGGGAUGAUAAACCUCAUCCAGUACCCAGUGUGUAGCGCAAAGCGACAAUAUGCUGCAGACCAACGUAAGACUGCCCGUGUAAAACCGGUCCAUAAAAAGCUUGAAUUAGAAGUUGUGUUGGACGUGAGCAGUCCUAAUUAUGAUCAGAGUAAAGGGGAACAGAUUGCCCUCAAUGUUGAUGGUAUUGGUGGUGAAGGGAUGACUUAUGAAAGCUCGGUGAUGGAUACACAGGUAUUAACUUCAGUUGCAGUUCCUCACCAUGGGAAGAGGUAUGUAGCUGCUCUGGUUACUGAAGGCCAGUUACACUGCACUCCUGUGAGUGAGGUGCUACAGCUGCGACCUGGUUUUAAAUAUAUGGAUCGUGCGGAAAUGAGAGCGCUUCAAGCUGCCAAGAUGAAAGCAGCUGAAUCUGGCAACUCUUCACAAGAUGAAGCUGAAGAUGCAAAAACUGUGAGUGUUCGGUUUAAAGGUGCGGAGACAGAAGCAGCUAGAACGGCACGUGAAAGGUCAUAUGCUGCUUAUGAGAAGCGACUGUUUGCUGAAAAAUGGGUGACAGCAAGCGUGCAUUCUGAAAGUAAUAGUUACUCUGAGCGCGAAAGGAACAGAAUGAUUUGUAAAGUUAAUCCUGAUUCUUUCUCGACAUUCACUGAGAUGACAUUACCUCCAUCCCAGUACCUUGCUAAUAUUGUUCCUACCUAUUCAAUAUCUGAGGCUGAAGCAUCAAUCAACCCUGAAAACAUUUUAUCUUUAAGUAACUUAAAAUCUAUGUCAUUAGCUGAUCAACUAAAAGCCUUAAUGAAAAAUUCAAAGAUAAUUCACUUUUCUCACUUAACAACAUUACUACCCGAUGCCCCUGAAGCAAACGCAGUUGUCCGGUCUUUGCAAUCCUUUGCUGUUCUUGUACAAGGCUGCUGGGUUGUUAAAAGUGACGUACUAUACCCACCUGACACUGUAAGUUCAAUAUCUGGAAUACCUUCAGAAACAAUGUGUAAAGCAAGGGAUUAUAUUUUAUCCAAGUUUAAUCUCUCUGAGUUCCUAAAUAGAAAGGAAAUCGUGCAAGUAUUGAAAAUGUCUGGGGAAGAAAUUAAAGUCAUGUUUGACCAAAUUGCCGUCAUGAAAGCUGGUAAAGGUUGGCGUUUGCGACUUUUACCAGACCUUCGUUUUUCUUCCCGGUUUCCAGAGGUUUGUGAACGCCAAGCAAUGGUUUGGAAAGCAAGACAUAAGCAGCUUGCUAAACAUUUCAAUGUACCCGAAGACACUUGUAACAGUGGUAAGACAAAUGCACCAGAUCCCCACAAAAAGAAUAAGUUGGCAUCGCCAAAAGAACCCAAAGCAACUAUAAAGCGAUCCCCGAAAGAGAAAAACAAAGCAAGCUUGAAACCUAUUAAAAAAGAGCCAUUUGAUGACAAAAAAUUUGCUGCGAAAAAUGGAUGUAACAAACCUAGUGUUAAUAAACUGGAAAUAAAAUCUGAGAAUUUAACAAAUGGUGGUUCUGUCCAAAUAAAAUCAGAACUUGUUUCCCCAUCUGCCAAUAGCUUUACCCCAAUGGAUUAUGAAUUUACUGAUACGGAAAAAGCAACCAGCUUUAAAAAGUUGUUGGAGAAUACUUCAGCGUCUUCGGAUUCCGUAAACGGGUUUCUUAAUUCCUCUGUGGAACUCUUUAAUAAAAAUGAGACAGUACCAGAACCAAUGGAUACAAAUAUUCAACCCUUUAUUAACCCUAGCAAUGUUCAAAUUGGUCUUACUGUGGAUCAACAUGGUCCAAUCAAUGUAGACGGCAUUAAUUCAACAGUUGCUUUAGUGGCUGAUCAGGUUCGAUUACAACUGUCUUCGCCAAAAUCAUGUCAGGACAAUGAAAAUAUUUUUAAUGGCAAUAAACCACUUUCUAACCAAGACAUGCAACAUUAACGAAAUCUUGAGGAUUAAAUCUGACAUUUAUAGAAAGUUUUUCAAAAUUUCCAUGUUCCUAUGUUUAUUUGUGCCAAGUCAGUUUUAAUCCUCGUAAUGUGAUUUUUGUUUCAUUUCUUAUGUGCCACCUGUUCGUUGUUAUGUUAAAUAGUGUAGUGCUAUUUACGCAAUACUAAGUAUGUUUAUCAUGUUUGUUUUCAUCACGAACGUUAUUGGUUGAAUAAAUGAUCGUCCAUGUUUC